UAGGGCAGGUUUGGUCGUGUUGAUGAAACGUGAGAACAUUUCCGGUACUUGCCGUAGCUUGAAUUUGGGCUAUAGGCGAUACCGACGACAAGCAACGUUCGACGACCUCAAGACUCCUCGAAACUUUGCAACAUGACCAAGAAAAGAAGAAAUGGCGGCCGUAACAAGAAGGGCCGUGGCCACGUCGGUUUCGUUCGCUGCUCGAACUGCUCUCGUUGCGUCGCAAAAGAUAAGGCCAUCAAGCGCUUCACAGUAAGAAACAUGGUCGAGAGCGCGGCCGUUCGGGAUAUCAGCGAAGCCAGCGUCUACCCAGAAUACGUGAUUCCAAAACUCUAUAUCAAAAUCGCAUAUUGUGUAUCCUGCGCUAUUCACUCGCAUGUUGUACGUGUACGAUCACGUGAGGGCCGUCGCAACCGUGCCCCUCCCCCACGUAUUCGGUGGAAAGAUGGCAAGAAGGUGAACCCUGCGGUUGCUGCCGCAGAGGAUGCCAAGGCAGCUGCAGCAGGAAAGGCAUGAGGCUGAGCGAUAUCAUCACUUAAUGUUCUUGCCGCUACCGUUAGGGAGUAGGCCCCCCUAUAGCUCGCUGUUUUCACACCUUUUUGUGAUUUCGAGAUCCUGCAAUUACUCGAUCUGUGUACAAAUCAGGCGGUUACGAUCGUUUGAGAAUCUAGGCCGGCGGUCAUUUGUCUCGUGUGUAU